GUUCUGGGGAAGUUUUUCUCCAAAUCUCCAGGGAUGACCAAAUCCAGAACAAAGAGUCACCAGACUAAGGUGGAGGGAAAGGCCAAGGAUAAGAUGGAGGAGAGGACUGAAAUUUCCCAAGUGGAUGGGAUCUUUAUAGCAAAGAAGAUAUGUGACAUCUGGGAUGAAGUCUGGAACUUCCAAGCCAAGCCUGAUGACCUGGUCAUUGCUUCCUAUCCUAAAGCAGGAACCACUUGGACACAGGAAAUUGUAGAUCUGAUACAGCAUGAUGGAGAUGUGGAGAAAAGCAGGCGGGAUCCGAUAAUGGUUCGACAACCUUUUUUGGAAUGGAUAAGAGGAACAACCUAUGACAAAAAAAUUGAGAAACAAAGAGGUUACGAUUUUCCCAAGAUCCCACAGCUAGUAGGAAGCUAA